GUAUUUUUUUCAAUCGCUCGAGCUCGAGAUUAAACUGACGAGUUUCGAGAGAGCGUCGUCACAUCAAAGUGCUACUGCUAUUGCUAUCGAUAGUACCGUGUUGGACGUCGGGCGGUAAAUACGUCGUUCGAAGCGGCCGUUUAACGAGUGACGUUCAUAUGAUCACGGUGACCCACGGGGAUUUCGUUCGUUCAGAUAAACGACGACGGCCAAGAGAUGAAUUUAUCGUUUGCUGGCUGCGGCUUCCUGGGUAUUUACCAUGUCGGCGUGGCCGUGUGCUUCAAGAAAUACGCGCCGCACUUGCUGUUGGAUAAGAUUAGCGGCGCAUCGGCUGGUGCUAUCGCCGCGUGUUGUCUCCUCUGCGACAUGCCCCUCGGGGAGAUCACGAGCAAUGUGUUACGCGUCGCACGUGAGGCACGGCAAGGAACGCUUGGACCAUUCAGCCCAUCCUUUAACUGCCAGGACGUACUGUUAGAAAGUUUGCAAAAGUUUUUACCUAAUGACGCUCAUAUUCGUGUAAGCGGUAAACUUCACGUUUCCCUGACGAGAGUAUACGAUGGGAAGAAUGUAAUCGUUUCCCAGUUUUCUUCCAGAGAAGAUUUACUACAGGCAUUAUUGGCCAGUGCCUUUAUUCCAAUUUUCUCUGGCCUAUUCCCACCAAGGUUUCAUGGCGUUAGAUACAUGGACGGUGGAUUCAGCGACAAUCUUCCCACGUUAGAUGAAAAUACGAUUACUGUUAGCCCCUUCUGCGGGGAAAGCGACAUUUGCCCUAGAGACGUUUCCUCUCAACUCUUCCAUGUAAAUUUCGCAAACACGAGUAUUGAACUUUCGAGACAAAAUAUUUAUAGAUUCGCGAGGAUACUUUUCCCACCGAAUCCAGAGAUGCUUUCAAAUAUGUGCAAACAAGGAUUCGACGAUGCAUUGAGAUUCCUUCAUCGUAACAAUUUACUUAAUUGUACUCGAUGCUUGGCAGUACAGUCGACAUUUGUAGUCUCAGAGACUCUAGACGAUAACAUGGAGUACGACCCCGAGUGCUUAGAGUGUAAAAUGCACAGACAGGAAGCAUUAGUGUCGAAUUUACCUGAAACGGUGAUGACUAUAUUCCAAGAUGCGAUCGACUCUGCGAAUAAGGGACUCAUCAAUUGGUUGUUCAAACAUAAAAGCGUAAAGCUGUUGUCAUUACUUAGUUUACCGUGUAUACUGCCGGCAGACGUGAUUUACGCGGCGUUUACCAAUUACGUUGGUAACAACGUAGAAAAACGCAUCGUGGAGUACAAAGUAGUUGGCAAUAUACUUCGUACAUCUCCUCCGACUUCUUGUACUAGACAUACGAGCCCGUCCCGAUAUAUUUGCAACGUUCCGAAAUUGCUACAGAAUCUGUUAGAAUUAAGAAAAUACUUCGUGGAUCAAUUAAGCAUGCUGUUUCCGAAAAUUAACAUUUAUUAUGGAAAGGUCCCGCAAACUAUCAAAUGCCAGUUAGCCAUUACGGAAUACGGAUCGAAUAUUUACGACAUGGAAGCAGCUGAGAAGACUGAUCAUUUAUAUAAAAAUCAGAAGAAUCUAAACUUAACUUUACAAUAUAACGAACUACAACCUUGGAGAGAUCACAAUAAUACGUCGAAUUGCGUAAUAAACAUGACCGAUCUUACGAAUGUUGAUAGUACAUUGGAUAAUAUCCUGCAGGUAACAUCCGAUCAAGACGCUGUGAUGGCGUAUUACUACAUGGAUGACAACAACAAAGUCCAAGUAACGGAAAUAUUCGAUGUCACGGACACCGAUUCGCACGCGAUGCUAUCUGUAGAUGAAGUUGAAAAUAAUAGCAAAUUACACUACGAUGAAUGGGAUGAACCUACGUGGCUGUCUCAACACACGAUUAACGAUGUUGUAACAGAAUCUCUGUACACUGAUGGGACUCAGCAGGGUAUGGAGAAUCUAUCGGAAAUAUCUCUGGAAGACGAUACCUCGGGAUCGUUGAACACAUUUUCCGAUCCGGAGAGCGAAUGGGACAUAAGUAAACAUGUAUCGACGAAAACUAGAGAGCCACCAUAUUCUCGGAAAGUGAAUUAAAAAGAAGUACAGACUUCGUUUUCUAAUAGUUGAAAGCGAGUGUGAGCGUCGAGUUAAUUAAUUAGUAAGUCCAACGGGACUACCGAGUAUGCGCCGACGAUAUUGACGCUACCGAGUCACUCCCGAUGCUCAAUAUUAAGAAAUUUUUGUAAUGUUAAAAAAAAGUUCGUCGCGAUUCGUAACCUGUAGUAUGUGCUGAUAAGCGAGAGAUACAGUACAAACGGCAUGAUAAAAGUGAUAUGAAAAAAGUAUCUUCGACAGGGCAUACGUAGUAUUUUAUUAUAAAUACGAUUCUCUGAGGAAGAGUUAUUAUUAAUCAAUCGUUGUUACUAAAUACUUGCGAGUCGAGUAUAGGUAGAUUUUCAAAGAAGAGACUGAUUAGAAUUGAAAAUGCACAUAAAAGACAUUUGUCCCUGCUCUAAUUUCUUACGAUAACUUUUGUAUGAAAAUUGAACAAGUCGUUGUCUCGUUUCAACGUUACAAUUAAAGCGUUCCUAUAAAGGGACGGAGAAUUUUGCAGUAAGUUCGCGAAAUAUAAUACAAUCGUUAUUUAAGUUAAUCGUCAAUUAGAGUGGAGGAAACAAUAGGCUUUGACUGCAUACAGCUGGAACUGAAUGCCGAUUCAAGUUUUUUAUCGUUCUUCAUUGACUUGAUCAAUGUUGGUGAUGACUAGCGAUGGUCGAAGGAUCGAUUAUUUUUUUUAGGUAUCAGUCAGUAAACUAAAUAAUAUGACAGUUUCUAAACGUUAAUUGCAAACGGAGCACAAUUUAUGUAUUUAAUUAAUUUUAUACUAAAUUAUGUUAAAAAUAAUGUAGUGGAAGAAAGUCAUAGAUAGUAAAUAUUGCUUAUUGAAGAUAUAUUUA